AUGGCGUCUACUCGUAGAAGUCGCCGCAACCGAACAGCUCUGUGCUACACAGAAGAAGUCUCGAGUGAUGAUGACAUGAGCCAGUGCGAAGCGAGCCCUGUCGAAGAAGGCUCGAGUGAUGAUGGAGAAGGCUCGAGUGAUGAUGACGUGAUCGAGUACGAGGAAAGCCCUGUCGAAAAGCAGCGAGCAAAGAAAAAGCGUCAUCCAGCAGCAUUGGUGGAGGACGAUACGACUAGUUCUGAUAUAGAUGUAGAGAUUGAGAGCGAUGAUGGCAGUCGAGGUGAUUUCUCAUGCUCGGCGCUCAAGUGGAUGGGCACCAGUUUUGCUUCGAAACGUCCUCGUGUCUUGUCAAUGGAGGAACGAAUGGAGGCUUUCGACAAGAAGUUCCACCUUCAAGAAGCUGUCAGCAACGCCAAUGCCCCACCAGAGUUGAAGGAGAAGUACGAGAAGGCGGGUCGACUGCUGCGCAAGCAUCUAGAGGAGUAUGAGCCUUGCUGGUUGCCAAAGAACCUCACUCGCAAUCGUCCUGGUGUAUACGUCGUUGUCUACAAGCAUGGCAAGAUCAAGAUCGGUAUGUCAUUUCAGUGCAUCACCCGAGUCAAGGACCAAGGUGUUGUUGUCUUUGCUUUCUUGGCCAUGGAUCUCGAGGAGAUCAAAGAAAUUGUAUCGGACAAAGAUGUCGACGCAAUUGCACAGCUCGAUUUACCAGGCCUUGCAUGCCACAAGGACAAACAGGUGAAGACGGAGGAUCUCAUUCGGCUGCAGAUCUAUGAGUGUCUUCUUGCCUGCUCGUUCGAAUGCGUGACGGGCACUGUGUGCGAGCGCUUCCUCCAGGUGCCUUCCAAAGAAGCCCAAAAGAUUGUCACGAUUGACACCGCUCCUUUUUCUCGCCUAUCGAACCACAAACAGGAAGCUCUCUGCAACGUGCCCGAUGGCGGAAACUUGUACAUUACAACUUGGGAAACACUACGAUCGCAUUUGUAUGCAGCAGCGCCGGACUCUUCCUUUUUGCAGUCAAAGCUUCGUCCUCUACCGGACCCAAAGGAAGGAGCAUUUGUGAAGGAGAACAGAUUGAGCCGGCUCGCACCUGCAAAGUACAGCGGCUACAAAGAUUGUGUGUCAGUUUCUCCGAGAGUUUGUCAAGUACAGGCAGUGGUAAACACCCUCCGUCCGCUUUUGGAAGACGACGUACAGCAGGAUUUUGAAGCCAUUCAAGCGUGUUUUGCUCCCAUCCAGGGCUCCAACUAA